AUGACGUAUGAGCACGCCUACACUUUCGACCAGUACAAGUAUCCUCUGACGGAAUCGGAGAAGCGCACCCUCAAGCGCUACCACGCGCUGCGCUGGUGGGAGCGCGACGGCGGCUUUGCGGGCGACGUCACCGGGGCCGAGGUGCAGGCCAUCAGGGACAAGUACGACCCCAAGGGCGCCGACCUGCGCGCCUUCAAGGAGGCCAAGGCGACGGGCCAGCUGGACGCGUACUGGGCGGGGCGGCGGGACGCGCUGCGGCGGCUCACCGGGAGCGACCGGGUGCCGGGGGCCGUCGCGGCGGGCGGCGCCGCCUCGAUAGCCGCUGGUGCUCGCUUCGGGUGGCGGGACGAAGGGCGGGUCGCUGACGCCGCGAGCCGCGCAUGCCGCAGGGAAUGGCCCGUCGACGCCAAUGACUACGAGCUGCUGGAGGAGUGCGGCCGCGGCGGCUGCGCCGUGGUCCACCGCGCGAUCUGCAAGCCGCUGGGGGAGGUGGUCGCGGUCAAAGUGGUCAACCUUGAGGGCGUCGGCGCGCAGCUCGCCGCCCUGACCAAAGAGGCCGCCCUCAUGCGCCGCUUCCACCACCCCAACAUCCUGCAGCUGCACGCCAGCUUCGUGAACGCGCACGAGCUUUGGAUGGUGAUGCCCUUUCUGGGGGCGGGCUCUGUGCGCUGCAUCAUGCGCGAGCGCUUCCCAGCGGGCCUGCCUGAGCCGGUGAUUGCCACGAUCGCGCGCGAGGUGCUCAGGGCGCUCGCCUACAUGCACAAGAACGGCGGCAUCCACCGGGACGUGAAGGUGGGGGGUGGCAGGGGCGGCGAGUCGGCAGGGUGCGAUGGGGCGGCGCGGGCGCACCCGGACGGCGCGUCGGCUGCCGACGGCUCGCUUCGCCCCUCGAGCAUAUAG